UAAGCAGCAAACAUUCCUCGCGCAGCUGAGAGUGAGUGAGCGAGCGAGUGAGUGCAGAGGGACAUGACAUCGACUGUCAGAGCUGCUCUUCCCCGCACACAACAUGGGCUCCACCGCCCAUACCACCAAAACCAGAGCUCAAGCAUCAACGCAAUGUCCCGGACUCGGUUCUGUGUCGUGAAUAGCGCGUAUUGUUAGGCUAUUUGAGGUGUAAAGAUGUGGGUGAUGGUGCUGUGGACUCAGGACAAGAUGGCAGCAGUAUGAGAAACACACAUCAACAUGCUGUGAGUUCAGUUGAAGUGUGUAAAAUGAUCGGAGAAGACCUGGAUUAUAUCUACUGUUACUCCGUGUGAAAGGUAUGGCCUCACAAGUCUUGGUCUACCCACCACAUGUUUUUCAAACUCAGACAAGUGCCUUUUGCAGUGUGAAGAAACUCAAAGUUGAGCCCAGGAACUGUGUUUACCAUGAGAGGGCCUACCCACAGACUUACUUGAAUGGUAGAACCCUUGGCAUUGCUUACCCGACAAAACUUACUGCUUCAUUCAAGACAAGAGAUUCAGUAAUUGGCAUACACCGCGGGCAGGAUUUCCCACUGCAGACGGCUGCUGUACAAGGUGUGCGACGUCAACACACCAUCACAGUGGCACAGCAGCAAAAAAGAGGCGCCUCUUCUCAGGAAAAGGAGUCUGAGCACCAGGACAAAGGAAGGGUUUGCAGCAGUGGAGCUACAAGGGCAGCUGGAAGGGGAAGGGGAGUGGGAAGCGACAGUCAAGAAGAAGGAGGUGGAGGACAGGGUGGAGUUGACGAAGGAGGUGGAGGAGAGGACGAGGGUGACCAGGAAGACUGUGGAGGUUUUGACUUGAAUGACAGCUCCCACAGAUGUGGGCUGAAACGUAAGAGCGGGGAGCUUGAGAACUUGGGGAGCACCAUGCAGAUUGUUGAGGACCUGUCAAUGUUACCCGCAAUGUUGCAAUCAAAUGUGGGAAAUCCACCUGUUGCGGUUCCACAGGCAGUUGGCGGAGGGCCUGCAAAGCAAGGUGGAGGUUCAGGAAAUGGGGAUGGAGAUUACCAGUUGGUGCAGCAUGAGAUGCUUUGCUCGUUGAAGAACACCUAUGAGGUAUUAGACUUCCUUGGUCGUGGUACUUUCGGCCAGGUUGUAAAAUGCUGGAAACGAGGCACCAAAGACAUUGUGGCAGUGAAGAUCCUGAAGAAUCAUCCAUCAUAUGCACGGCAGGGGCAGAUUGAGGUGGGCAUCCUGGCCCGCCUGAGCAAUGAGAAUGCCGAUGAGCAUAAUUUAGUGCGGGCUUUUGAGUGUUUCCAGCACCGGAGCCACACCUGCCUCGUGUUUGAGAUGCUGGAGCAGAACUUGUAUGACUUCCUCAAGCAAAAUAAAUUCAGCCCAUUACCUCUGAAGGUGAUUCGUCCCAUUCUUCAGCAGGUGGCCACGGCACUAAAAAAGUUGAAGGGAAUGGGACUGAUCCACGCAGACCUGAAGCCUGAGAACAUCAUGCUGGUGGACCCUGUACGGCAGCCCUACCGUGUGAAAGUCAUAGACUUUGGCUCAGCAAGUCACGUGUCCAAAGCAGUCUGCUCAACGUACCUCCAGUCACGGUACUACAGGGCUCCAGAGAUCAUUCUUGGCCUGCCUUUUUGUGAAGCCAUAGACAUGUGGUCGCUGGGAUGUGUAAUUGCUGAGCUCUUCUUGGGUUGGCCCCUAUAUCCAGGAGCCCUCGAGUUUGACCAGAUUCGCUACAUUUCUCAGACGCAGGGUCUGCCAGGAGAGCAUCUGUUAAAUGUGGGGACGAAGACGUCUCGAUUCUUUUGCCGGGAGUCGGACUCGCCGUAUGCGACCUGGAGACUUAAAUCCACAGAGGAGCAUGAGACAGAGACGGGGCUGAAAUCAAAAGAAGCCAGGAAGUACAUCUUCAGCUGUUUGGAUGACAUAGCGCAUGUGAAUCUAGUGAUGAAUCUGGAAGGCUGUGAUUUGUUGGCAGAGAAGGUUGAUCGUGCAGAGUUUGUGGCUUUGCUGAAGAAGAUGUUGUUAAUAGAUGCAGAGGAAAGAAUCGCCCCGAGUGAUGCUCUUAGCCAUCCUUUCGUUACCAUGCAGCACCUGCUAGACUUUCCACACAGCAACCAUGUCAAAUCAUGUUUUCACAUCAUGGAUGUUUGCUGCUCACGACCAGGCAGUUAUGAGUCUCACAGUCGGACCAAGGCUCAGUUUGUCAGGACAGUCCCGAGCACUGGUGCUGCAUCCAACCUCACCCUGCCCUUCUGCAAGGUGACUGGCAUUCACACUCAGGCUUUAGCCUCAUCUGCCCCGACAGUGAUGCAUCCUGGAAUACCUCUUCAGACAGGAAGUGCUCAGUUUGGAGACUCUUUCCAGCAGGCGCUAAUUCUCUGUCCCCCAACAAUACAAGGUCUCCCACCAAACCCAAAUAAACCAGCAGGAUACUCAGUAAGCAUGGAGAGCACAGUCCCGCUGGUGACACAAGCAUCUGCCAUUCAGCCUCUACAGAUCAGACCAGGGGUCAUCACACAGCAAGGGUGGUCAAAUCGUGCCCAGCAGAUCCUGGUGCCCACCUGGCCUCAGGUGACCCCAGUAGCCCCUGUGGCUCCCUCAGCAACAACAUUGGCCUCAGAACCAGUGGCAGGCCCACAGAGACUAGCAGAUUGGGGGAAAGUUCAUUCCCAUGGCAACCAUUACAGCUCCAUGAUGCCGCACCAUCAGCCACUGUUAACCAACCCGAUGGCCAUGUCAGCUCAUCAGCCUAUCAGUAUAGGGAUAGCCCAUGUAGUCUGGCCACAGCCAGCGGCUAACAAGAGAAACAAACCUUCUUCAAACAGAUGUAACAACUUCAUGCACAGCACCAACUCCCAAAACGUAUCAUGCCAGUCCCCAAAGAUGGUAAACAGUGCCAAAAACACAGAGGAAGAGGCAGCUGAUUGUGUGGUGGAGGCAGAGUCAGAGGCGGUGCAAGAGGAGGAGUCUGUGUGCUGUAAGGCGGAACCAGAGUAUGAGGACCCGACUGUGUCUCAGAAACAGAGGCAGACCAUCGUUAUCACUGAUUCUCCAAGCCCUGCAGGCAGCAUCAUCAGUAUCAGCAGUGGAACAGAUGAAGAUGGGCCGGACACUCAAAAACAUGCACUAGAGUGUAAGGGUAGCCCAGACUGUGAGGCAUGUCAGAGCACACUGAAUAUGGAGCGUGUUUGUUCCCUGAGCAGUCCUGAUUCAACACUCAGCACCAGUUCAUCAGCUUCAGAACAGUCCAGCGCCUCCCCCUGCAAGAGACCCAACAGUAUGUCAGAUGAUGAGCGUGAGAGUGGGUGUGAUACGGUGGACGGCUCGCCUGCAUCGGUGUCCUCCAGUCGAGCUGACAGUCCCUUCCUGGAGGCUACCUAUAUUAAUGACAACAACCAGAACUGCAAAGCUACUGGAAGUACAGAGACAGAGUCUGCCAAGCUGCCUGUCCGCACCAUGGUGGUGCCACCAAUGCGGGUUCAGAAUGAGCCAGUGGGGCGAACAGUAAUAGAACCAUCAUGUCCACCCAAAGGGCGCAGUGGUUCCAACAGACAGCUGCCCUACUCAACAUUAUUGGUGAAUCGACAACAGAAGUCCACACCGGCUUUCCCGCCCCUGCAGCCCCCUCAACAGCAGCUUUUUGGACAGGUCCAGCAUUAUGGCUCAUCCCACCAGGAGUGGAAUGGGAACUACAGUCACCGGCGACCCCAGGCGUUCAUCCCACCCACCGUACACAGCCACACUUUCACUCUGCCUCAUGGUAGUCCCACUCACACAACUCACCCCCCUCAAUCGCACCUGGGCGUCCACCCUCACACCCAGCCAGCUUUACUGUCCUACCCCCCGUCAGGCCCCCUGGUGACAAAUGCCCCCAUGGCCCACCUCUUGGCAUCACCUGGGGCUACACGAAAUCAUGUUUUUCAGCCAGCGUAUGGCCUCUCUCAUCCUGCGGGUCACCUUUUGCACCAGGUCACUGUGGGGAUCAAUCGUCUCCUACCCUCACCCACCAUCCACCCUCAAGGUCAAUUCAAACCCUUGUUCCCCCCUCACUCCUUCAUUGCAUCACCCGCAUAUGCAGGCUUUCCCCUAAGCCCCACCAAACUAAACCAAUACCCAUAUGUCUGAGACUCGCUUCACAAGCCUCUGGAGGGCCGUCAACAUGGACGAAAUGCCGUGCUCUCUGCAGAAACCACCAACCACCUGGUUUUCAGACCAUGGCUAAGAAAGAAAAGCGGUUUCUCUGGAUUAUGUAGACUUGAGUGCAAUUAAUAUGAGCUUUAAAAAGGAAAUGUUGGGAAAGUUUUUUGCAAGUAGACAAAGAAAGUGCACGGUUGAGAAUCAAGCGAAUUGGAUAAAAAAAAAAAAACUGUUUUGCACAUUUGAUACAUCACCUUAUCGGAUUUUCAGAUCUCUAGAUUUGAGCACUGCUCAAACGUCAACAAUGGAUGGUGUCCAAAAUCAUGUGAUGGUCAACUUAUUUUUAUACAUUGCCUUUAUCUUGUAUACAACACAUAUUUGUUUGUAAAGACAGCCCAGUAUGGUGUUCACAACCGAUGAAAUGUGUCUGUGUUUUCAUGCGUUCCAAGUAUUUGUACUUACUUCGUCUUUGGUGUUGUUUGGAAUGGAGUCUCCUAUUGGAGUUGUUUGUCACAUGCUGCAUGUGUUGCAUGAUGUUGAUCAGAGAGAAACCUAUAGGGGCUCUUUACGUGUCGACAGGCUCGCUGCAUUGUUGUCCCCAGCCAUAGUGCCUUAUAUAUCGGCAGUUGUUCGUGUUCUACUACACUAUCUUUCUCUGUGUGUAUAUAUAAUGUGUUUGUGUACGUACGUGUCCUGGACUGCAGCACUUGCAAUUCAAAUCAGUCCGUGCGUUUUAGUUUUAGUUGAUUUUUUUUUUUUUGCGUGUGCGUGCGUGUGUAUAUGUAUUACGUAUAUACACACUGGUGUAUUAUUUCAUGCAUAGAUAGGCAUCAAUGUACUGCAUUGCACAAACCGCAGUGCUUAUUUUUGGAUCCAAUGUAUAUCUGAGAUGUAGUGAGUUUCUUUACGUUAUUUCUUGGAAGAUGACGGCAUGCUUUUGCUGCUGCAAAUGCUUGCUGUUGGUUUUGUUAUUUUUAUUCUUUAUUUUUCGUUGAUGUUAUCUCGUAUCUGGAUAUGUAGAAAUUAGUUUGAAUUUCUAUUCAGAAAAAUCUACAAAACUAACAGUAUUUGUACUGUUUAGUAAAACUGCAAUACAAUCUAUAUAGUUAGAAGUUUGUUAUUUCCUUUUGUGUAUUUAGUUCUUUGGGUUUGUGUGUGUGUGUGUGUUUGUUGUUUUGUGUGGUGGGCAUGGCUUCGACUAGAUGAAGACACAAAUGCAAAUAUCGGUCUUUGAUUCAGGGUCAUGGAUUCAUCUUAGCCUGAGCAGACCAUGCAGUAUUUGAUGUAUAGACACAUGAGUAUAUAUAAUAGAGCUAGUUUAUUUAGUGCUGAAGCUUGACACGGUGUGUUUAAGGUGUGCAAUCCUCAUUUAUGCAUGUGUGAAUCGAGUUCUUUCUUAAUUAUACCAUUAUAUCAUAUGUUGAAAGCUUGUUGGUGUCAAUUGCAUUUUAUACAUUCCGUCAGGGAGAAAUUAAAAUAUAGUGUGUGUCUCAUAUAGAGUGCUUAUUUAGUUUUUUCUGUUUGUUCUGCUUGGUUUCUGUGUUUUUGCCUCUUAAUGAAGUUGCUUGUGUACCACCAAAGACUGUAAUUCUAAAGGCUCUGUUCCAAACCUAGUGAUCUAUCUAAGCAUAUGAUAUUUCAGUUUAUCAUCGUUAUACUCUUAAUAAAAAUGCUGAGAAAUGGGAAAAAUCCCAUUUUAGCCUUGAUAAUCUACAAUGAUCAGUCAUGGAUAUAGCAUUAGAAGUGCUGUAAACUAGAAGUUAUCGGUCACAGAAAUUUGUUGGUGAUCAUUUUUGGCUACACAAUCUAACGGUCAAAUUAAGUUGUUACAACUCUUUGUAUCUCGUAACAUGUUAGGCAUCAGCAGUUUGAUUCAACCAUGCUUUAUUGGUUGUUCAUGCUGUAACCCCUUCAGUUCUGUCAUUACUGUGUGUUACAACAAAAAGUCCUUGUCAACAUGGGUUUAGACUGGAAACUACAGUUUCCUCCUAUAGCCCAAAGAUAUGCAGGCUAGGUAAAGGAGUCCAAAUUGUUUUCUUCUGCUAGGUUGUGUCCAACUCAGGGCAGUCUUUAUAGUUUGGUGCUGGUUCUUUCUGAAAAAAAAAAAAAAAAAAAAAAAAAAAAAAAAAAAAACGUCAGAUGCCACAGCAUUGGAACUCAGUAAAUAUGCUUUGACUCCAUUCUCUUCACUGGUAGUAAUUGUGUAUUUUCAUAGGCCAGAAUAUAUUACAUACUUCCGAGGCAUCCAUUGUCUGGCUUGGAUUCUGCUCUGGCACUGAUCUUAUUAAUUUCACCCCUCUGCAGCAUUCUGUGGGCUACAGCAGAACUGGUUUGAUAAAGCUUUCGUACAGACAAAGCUGUGCUGUGUUGCAGUAUUGGCUAGAUUUCAAGAAUAUCUUUAAUCUGACUUGUAAGUCCACUAGAUAGCUUUCUCAAGGUCACCCACUGAAGCUAAGCAGAGUUGUAUCUGGUCAGAACCUGGAUGGGAGACCAUGUGGUUGCUAAAAACUUGGUUCCUACUGGAAAAGACACUACUAUUACCAGCAGGGGACGCUAACCCUGUGGUCUGUUUGGGUUUGACAGUGUAGUCUUUUAAUGUCAGUGAGCAAAAGUCUUUGGAUGAAAAUUGGUGAUUAAAAUCCCAGGAUGUCUUUUGAAAAAAAGGACCGGGCAUCAUGGCCAAACUUACCUACUGGCCUCUGUCCAUCAUGGCCUCCUAACUAUCCCCAUUACAUCUAAUUGGUUUUAUCACUCUGUCUGCUCUCCACCAAUAAGUUGGUUUGUGGUGGGGCACAGAAUGACUGCUGUUGUGUCAUCCUGGUGGAUACUGCACACUGGUGGUGGUUGAGGAGAUUACCCUGCAAUCUCUGAAGCACAUUGGGUGGUUUUUGCAUUUAGAUUUUUCUUUUAACUAUUCAGGCCACAAUUCUUGGGAACUUUUGAAAUCUGACUACAAGUAAAGUCUCUUACAGCAAAAUGAUUGGCAAAGUCAACUGUUACUUUCCCACAUGAUCCACUUGAUGGAUCAGAAAUAAUUUCAAAUGUGUCUGCCUUACAACAGGGUUGUCCAAACUUGUUCCUGAAAGUCCAUUGUGCUACAGAGUUUAACUUGGCUCCAAUUUUUAGGGUGUACUCGCACUAGGUACAGUUGCUUUGACCCUUGCCGAAGCGCAGUUGUCCACCUCCCCUCUUCCCCGACAGCCUGCACUCACACACUGCAUUUUGCCUUCCAAAUCUGAGCACGCUUACCCCAUCUAUAAUGCGAUUGUUCAGUUAAAGAAGAAGAGAAGAGCUCUUGUUCAGCACAGUGGACAUUGCUUCAGUUAUAUUGUUUUAGUCAUUUGUGAUGCAGUGACAUGCAGUCAAAUAUUUUGCUUAACAGGUCCACAACUUUUGACACUCAUAAAAGUCCUAAAAACAAACUGGAAAACGCACCUGGGCACGGUUCGAAUACCAUAGUGUGAGUGCACCCUAAUUGAACAUACCUCAAUCUACUAAUUAAUGUCUUUUGGCUUAGUAGGAACUUGUAGGCAAGUGUGCUGGAGAUAGUUGGAGCAGGAUUAGAGGGCCAGUGGUCUACAGUGAUGUCACCUUUGAACUUCUUGAAGAAUAUGUCAUUUUAAUGGAAAUACAUAGAUAAGAUAGCUUUUCCAUUUCAUGACAGGAGUAUUCUGUCUCAAAGUCUAGAGUAAAUUUGAUGUGUAGAGCAGUUUUCGGUUUGAGCAGUGUGAUGUUUCCAAGAGGAAGAAGUUCUUUACAACCUAUUCCUCCUCUAAAUUCAUCUUAUUCUUGUUUGAGUUUCAGGUCAGUUGUUUUGUCAAUUCUUUGUAGAACAACUGUACAGACAUCUUUUGAUAGAACUGAGAUCUAUCCAACUGAGAUUCAGUUGUCAGAGCUCCCUUGUCCAGAGAUCUCCCUUCUCUGGGAGUUUCACAAUGAUGCCUAUGUUCCAGUCUUCUGGGUGGGUCUCUUGUUCCCAGACAUUAAAGUGUCAAGGUCAGACAGCAGGCAUGGAAUCAGUUUCCCAUUUUUCAUGGUUUUGAUGGAAAGCCUAAGUUCUGCCUCAAUAAUGAGUGCAUUGGGGGGAAAUUAAGAUGUCUGACACAUUUUAAAUGCACUCAUGCAAAAGAGUUUCAAUUUAAAAUUGUUAAAGUACCCAGUAUUCCUGUGAUUUUAUUUUUGUUCUUACAAGAGUAAGAGCUGUUAGCUUAGCAACAUGCUAGUAUCAAAUUCAUUUGAAAUAAGUUUCACAAAGACUUUUGUGAAUUAAUGCUUAUGUGAUGCAUUUUAUAUUGUCUGCAUAUGUAGGCAGUAGAUGGCAAGGCAGCUCACUAGAAUUUGGAACGGAGCCAUUUUUCUGAGCAAGGUAGCUACUCUCUCUGCAUAGACCUCACGUAUACUGUAGUAAUUCUAGUUAAAGGGUAAAUUUCAAAAACUGUAUUUAAAAAAUGGCUGAGGUUACGUUUAGCUUUUUGAACAAGUAAUAAGUCGUAUCAUCUAUCUUGAAUGUAUCAUAGACAAGCUGCUAUAUAUUGAUUGCCACUUCGGAUAGCUGUGAAAUUAGAUUAGACUAGUUCAUAUCUGCAUAUGUUUAUUUGUAUGGGUCUCUCUGAUUGCCUAAACUAGAAGUGGAUUUUGAUUUUUGAGUAAAUUUUUUGCUUCAA